GUCAAGUUCUAGCUCUCGACAUCUUCACAUCGCGUGGAAGCGCAUUAUCUUAUCAGCGUACACGCCACAAUGUGAAAGUGGUGGUCUAGCUGCUGUUGAGUCCAAGCCGUGUGGGAGUUGCAGAACAUUUGAGACACCUUCGGGACCCCACUCAAGUCCGAACUCCCCGCAGGUGCAUAUGAUGCUGGCCGAAAAAUGGGGAUGUUUUGCGGAAAUUGUCAUACUUGCCUCGCUCUCUUCGCGACGCGAGACUCAGUUGCUUGGACACCGAAGGCUUUCACUUCGACUAUAUGUAGCGUGAAAGGGCCCUAAGAAGCUCAUCCGUCUAAGCACUGUCUACCAAUCUACCACUAUCAUACAUUACCUACCACAGCAUCCACAUCCACACUUCCUCUAUACAAAUCCGAAUUCUAUCGCCAUGGCUGUCGACACUACUCCAAUCAAUGCUUCGGCCAACGGCAACGGUGCCCAGAAUGGAAACGGAGCUGCAUCACACACCAUCCCCCCAUGGAGUCUUGAGGGCAAAGUUGCCGUCGUGACAGGCUCUGGCCGUGGUAUCGGCAAGGAAAUGGCCCUCGAACUGGCCCGUCGUGGCGCCGAUAUCGUCGUCAACUACGCCAACACACUCGAAGGCGCUCAAAAGGUCGUCAACGAGAUCAAGGCCAUGGGCCGUCAGUCCAUCGCCAUCAAAGCCAACGUUGCCAACGUCUCAGAGACCGUCUCGCUGUUCGAGCAGGCCAAGGCUCACUUUGGCAAGAUCAACAUUGUGUGCUCGAACUCGGGCGUCGUGAGCUUCGGCCAUCUGAAGGAUGUGACCGAGGAAGAGUACGACCGCGUUAUGUCGAUCAACACACGUGGACAGUUCUUUGUUGCACGAGAGGCGUACAAGAACAUGGAAAUCGGCGGUAGAAUUAUCCUCAUGGGUUCCAUUACGGCGCAAGCGAAGGGCGUGCCAAAGCAUACGCUUUACUCAGGGAGCAAGGGUGCCAUCGAGACAUUUGUGCGAUGCAUGGCAAUCGAUGCUGGCGACAAGAAGAUCACUGUCAACUGCAUCGCACCCGGCGGUAUCAAGACUGACAUGUACCACGCUGUGUGCAAAGAAUAUAUUCCUAAUGGCGAGGGGAUGAACAAUGAUGAGGUCGACGAGUACGCGAAGACUUGGUCACCGCACAUGCGUGUCGGUCAACCCUCAGAUGUUGCCCGCGUUGUUGCCUUCCUCGCCUCCCAAGAUGGUGAGUGGGUUAACGGCAAGGUGAUUGGUAUCGACGGAGCUGCGUGCAUGUAAGGAGGGGACUUAUGUUACGGCGAAUGAAGCAAAAACUGUUCGACCGUGGUACCAUAAUACAGGACCACGGCAUACACAGUCCGAAUAUUGAUCGAGCCUUUGGUAAGGCCGGAUUCGGGCUCAAAUAAUAUAGCAAGAGAUAUCGUACCCUAGUAUAGACGAUUUCUAUC